AUGCACAACAAGGCGAUGCAGGUGACCAAUCAGAUGUUUGUGAGGGUGGGCUAUGAGGUUGAGAUUUAUCCAGACCCAGAGCCAGCUGAGGCUCAGGACGAGGGUUCCGAUGACCCCGGCAAGAUCUUUACAAAGCACAAGAAACUGGCACAGUUGAUGAGCAUCUUGAGCCUCUUCCCCUUGCAAGGGUGCACAGCAACUGUUGGCUCUACUGACGAUGGUGGUACGUCCUGGAUCAUUUGGGUCUUUACAAAUGCUUUGCAGGUGAUGUUGACCGUGGGUUUGGAAUCCAACAACAGCCCUCUGCGCAUGGCAUGUUGGUUUGGAUGCUUGAACGAUGUUUGCGUCGUCGCAAUUCGACAAGUGAUGGUGCCCGCAGCAGAGUAUGCUAUGCGUGUGAAGUUUUUGCAUGAGGUGGCGCCGUUGAAUGCCGAUGUGUGGCACAAAGCAGCCAUCGUGCGGUGCAUGCGCUUUUUGCAGGUCCCGGCAACCCGAGAAAAGAUGGAUGAAUCAGAACGGAAGCAGGCAAGCUCCGGCAAGGUCGAUGAUUCCUUGGAUCCGCCCACGAGCCUGAUAAUUGCUGCUGCUGGCGUUUAUGCUGGUACAUAUGCCAGUUUCCGGAGAGUUUUGCGGGCCCGACCGCUACUUCUUCAACUCGUGGCAUGUACACCUUCAGCUGUAACUUUGUGUAUGGGAGGUUUGUUUAUCAGCCAAAGACUGUUGAAGGACUUGAUGAAGCAGAAUGGUCCCAUAUCAGUAGAACUGCGAACACGCUGUUCAGAACUCAUUCCGGAACCAAAUGGCAAAGCUGUGGAGUGA